CCUCCUGUGGCUAGGCCGAGCAUUUCUUGGGUGAAAAAAGAAAUGAAUUCAAUUGACGUGCUUAGUCUGUGGUUUGCCAUUCAUGUUAAACGUUCUCCUGAACGUUCGCCUUCAGUCACAAGCCCAUCCAUAAAAUGGAUUGAAGGUCCGUAUCCCCUGGCAACACCGCGGAGAGGGGAAUUUAAGCUAUCGACUGAGUUCAAGACUGGAAUAGCAUAGUGGAAUACCGGGAAAACAAACAGACUUGAUGUCGUAAUGAAUGCAGUGUACGCUAUAGCGGAAUUUCUGUGCUUUGAAGUCAGACUCAAACCACGUGACCUAUUAUAAACUCCAGAGCCUUUGUUCGCCGAUGAGAAGUGUAUUAUCGCCGAAAUCAGACUGAAAAUUGCGGUAGUUUUGAUAAAAAGAGGAAUACCGGAUGUAAUCCGGAGCACUUUUUUCCAAUUUCAAUUUACACAGAAAAAGGAAAGAUAACGUCUGCUCUCAGGAAAAAAAAAACCGGCGAAGAAGCUCCAAAACACACUGGGUCGUCUACAAGGAACAUGAUGGAAUUUAUCACGGAAGAACAACGGAACGUAAACAAGUCAAUAAUAUUUACAAGCACAAAUGAAAACUAAGCAGAACCCUGUCACUUAGUGAGACUAUAACGGGCCCCAGACUAGCGAACAUUUGAAUUUACAUGCAAAAUUUCAGAAGGAAUGACGAGUGGACGCGCUAGAGUCGGACGACCCGCCAGCUGUCACAUGAGUCUCCGGUAAUUAGGUCGUUACUUUACGAACUUGUCUCAUACUUAGAGAAUAUUAAACAUAACAAACAACAGGAAAAUGAGGCUUUGAGUUCCAAACGGCAAACUCGACCGUCAAAAGAAAGGUAAACUGGAUGUAAGGAGUCUUUGUUUACUUGAGUUAUUGUAUUUGUGGGAUUUGAAUCAUAGAAAAUGCUCAAGGCAAAUUAGCAUGGAGACCUGGAUGAAGCGAGAAGAUGAACAAGGUAAACAUGGCCAAUUCGCUGACAAUAGAAGCAGGCAUCAAGAAAGUCCGCAAUCAAGUUCGCGACAAGAAGAAUGUAAGGACGGCAUUGUUUCAAAAUCGCAAGGACAACCAACCUCACAGAUUUCAGUUUCUUUGGUAAAUAAAAACACGGAUGGGGCACGACUUAAUGACAAAAAACAAACGCAACAGCAACAACAACAUGAUAACUAUACUACUAAAGCAAUCAGUUCUAAGCAGAUUAAGGAUCGUGAUCCAAAUGAGACAGAAAAGCUACAGCAAGCUAAUAAUAAUAAUAACGGAACAUUCCGAACAGGAAAAGUUAAUCAACCCCCAAAUGAGACAAGCAGUGUUUCAUUUAAAACCGUGCUGGAAGCGUCGAGCCAAGACAAACAGCAAGUUUACUUUAUAGCGUAUGAUUCCCCAAGUAUGCACGCCAGGAACAAAAGAAAUGUUUACACAUUCGUAAGACCGAGCCCCAAAAAGACAUCUACUUCGUCCAGUUAUCGUGUAAGUCGGACGAGGAAGUUCGGAGCGCUUGCGGGGAGACAAGGUUGUAAUUCGGAUCCUUAUCUUCCAAGGAAACCGUUAUCACCAACGGACGAGCUAAGGCUUUUAGAAAAAUCAAUCCGCUGCGCUUCUCAACAGCGCGUGUUUGAGGGAGGGAGAUUGCUAUUUUGCAAGAAAAGAUUAAAAAAGGAAGAUCAGUGUUUAUUAAGUCCGUCAGGGUCCCCUUCACAAGAGGACGUCCGUCUUGGUCGUAGAUCAUGGUCUGAUGAUGGCAACGUUUUGUCUGAUGACCGAACGUGUUUGAUUAGCAAACUAAAAAAUCACGAUGGCAUUGCACCUAUUAGUACUUGUGCGAGUUAUUCUGCCAAUCAUGACUGUGAUGACAAAGCCACGCUCAAGGAAAACGUCCUUUCCAGAAAGAACACGGCCUUGUCCGUGUCACCGGGCCUCGGUAAACUUGCGCGUCAAAAGUCAUUCGAUGUUGUCAAAAAUAGUGCUGCAGAAAUGGGUAAUAAUUCAUCCCUGUCAGGCUCUGCCGAGGGUAUCAUUGACAGGGAGAAUAAUACCUUGUCCUUGUUGAGGCCAAUUGAAGGUAUUCUAGACAGUUAUGGAAUGGACGUCACGUUAGACGAAACAACACUUGCUAUAGGUGACAAAGAUGAUGGGAAUUCGCCUGAGCUUAAGACAAAUGAUGCUGCACAUCAUUUAAGCAUUAGCCAAUCAGGAGACAGCUUUCUAAUGUCAUUUAGCAGUGCAGAGGAUGAGGCGAAGCCUUCAACGAUAUCUACAAUAGUUCAAACAAAACCUUCAGCGCUCAAGAUCCCUGUUCUAAUUCACACAACAAAAGACGACGCAUAUUUCGAAAACAAGGAGGUUUAUCAGGGCGCCAGCUCGUCUGUUUCUAAUGAUGAAAUUAAUUACGAUAGAGAUAAUGAAAUCAGAAUACCAGAUGACGUCCCAAGUGAUAGAAGCAAUGACGUCAUCACACCAGUGACGAGCGAUGAGAUGUUUUCGACAAAGACGUCUAGUAAAGGUAGAUCGUCUGGAUAUUCGUCCAGCUAUCUAUGCGUCACAGGGACUGGCUCGUUCACAAACGAGAGAAGGUUAAGCGAUUUUCCCCCCUGCGCCUCAGAUCCGGCUGUGACCAUGGGCGGUCAGUUAACGUCGUCAUCCGAAAAAACCUUCGUCAAGUCUUCGGCAUCGAUAUCGGCGCCUCCGAGCUUGAACGACAUUAGCGACAACACAAGUGACGUCACCAUUACAAUCGAUAACAAGUCGGUAUCCGAAUCCACGACUCUGUUCUCGGUACCGAGAGGUCGGAUUAAGCUGGCGCUAACCACCGAGCACGCGGGCAUCUACGUGACGGGAGACUCGCAGGAUGACCCCACACAAGAUCCCGAGACCAGGAGGCCUGUGGAAAAGUGUCCGAGCUGGCUUGGUGACAAGACAGGCAGCUCGCUUUUCCUCAGUCCAAGCUUCAUACCAAAUCAACCAAAAGAGUGUGAUGACACCAAAGAGGGUAAGAACACGGUGGUCGUCUAUGAGAAGAAAAGCAAGGAAUCUAUUUUCUUCUCAACUCGACAAGUCUUGGAUCCUGUUAAAACAGCGACCUCGACAUCAUCUCCUCUGCUAACCACACAAUACAAACAAGCCAGCUCCUCAGUGCCAGCAAGGAGCCAAACAGGGAACACGUGGUCGACAGAGCGCAGCACUUCGGCUUUGCUUUCGCCAAGUUUUCGCAAAAUUCAAGACCAUGGACAGGGAUGGACGAAACGAACAGAUAAAUCCUCCUCAGGGGAUUCUGCGAGGUCAAGUUUUAAAGGGUAUGACGGUGAUGCGUAUCGGACAAGAUCGGGCUCGGCCCGGACAGGACCAAAAGGAAUUUUACAACGUGGGUCUAAUGACUUGGACCUGGGCGCGAGUUUCCCGCCAAGAGGCGGGCGAAAAACGACAGUCCUGACUCCUCCCACACAUCGAUCACGUGCCAAUUCCCAAGAUGCCCCGGGGAGCCGCACAAGCUCUACUUACCUGUCCCCUUAUAACCACUCGUCCAUAUCGUCCGAGGCGGACUCGGGACUAGAUACGCCGCGAAGUUUUCAAUCUAUGCAAAGACAGAGUUCUCUGAAAUCGAGGGGUUCUCGGAAAUCUCAGUGUUCCCAAACUCGAUUCUUUGUAAAAGACAGAUGUCCUUCCAAGAACUUUUCCACACAAAGUGUGCACAGUGGCUCAUCAUGUCACUCGGUAAAAACCAAAAGUAACAAGUCAGGCAGCUUUUUAUCUCUAAUCAGUCCCAAGAAGUUGUUUGGAAAGCGCAAAAACUCGGACCAAAGUGCUAGAAGCAGCACAUCUAAAACCUCGCGCAAACGGCUCUCGGACUUCCCUGAUGAUGGUAAGAUCAAUGUUAUCAACGUGAGUGGUCGUAGGUUCAAGCUUCACGAGUACUUUACGUCCAUCUACCCAGAGACUCUUCUAGGAAGCAACAAGCGUAAAGGGUUCUACGACUCGUCAAGGGACGAAUUCUUCUUUGAUCACGACCCAGACGUGUUUCGUCACAUCUGGAACUUCUACUACACGGGUAAGCUUCACUACCCGAGAGACGAGUGCGUCGAGUUAUUCAUCGACGAGUUGAAAUUCUUCGGCAUCCCUGACGAGUACAUUUGCACGUGCUGCUGGGAGGACGAGUACGAUCCCGCUAAAGAGAAGCUAGAGCGCAUACGCGAAGAAAACCGGAAGCGACAAGAAGAGGAAGAGAAAAAGAAUAGGAGGAUCCCCCAUGAUGCAACGCUGCGCGAAAAAAUCUGGCUCACGACUAAAGAUCCAAUGAUAUCUUUACCCGCCAAGUUAUUUUACUUGGUCAGCGUCCUGGCUAUCGUGCUUAGCACUUUCGCUAAUGUCGCCGAGACAGUCACAUGCACAGAGGGAGCACGCUCUUGUCACGAGGACUAUAAAAAGAUCUUCUUUUACAUCGAUUCUGCCUGUGUGAUUUUCUUUACGCUGGAGUACGCGCUGAAGGUCUCGACUGCGCCCAAGCGCUGGGUGUUCGUGAGGAAGUUCAUGAGUAUCAUAGACCUGCUGGCUAUCUUGCCCUACUACGGUGACUUAGUACUGCGCUAUGUGAUUGGCUUUAAAUCUAAUCUAGGGAUUGAAUUCUUGGAAAUACUUCGAAUUCUAAGAAUCGUGAGGAUUUUUAAACUUCUGAGACAUUCGCGUCGAUUGCAAGACUUGACGCAGACUGUAAGGGGGUCCACCACGGAGCUAGGUCUGAUCCUGUUUAUCUAUUUCGUGCUGGUGAUCGUGUUCUCGAGUGUCAUGUAUUACGCCGAGAUGCAGGACAACCCAAAGUUCGUGAGCAUUCCAGAAGCCAUGUGGUACGCCGUCAUCACUACCACUACCACGGGGUAUGGUGAUAUUGUACCGGAAACAGCGCUUGGGAAGGUGAUAGGAAGCGCGUGUUGCAUUCUGGGUGUACUUGUGGUGGCACUUCCGGUCCCCAUACUUCAAAUCAAAUGAUGUUAAACACAGAUUCUAAACAGAAAUGUGCAUGGAUCGCCAUGGUGAAAUAUCGCAUACUUGACAUCCUGCUAGAGAGACACUCUUAGAAGUAAACGUUGAAAAUCUUCAAAAGAUAUUUGGGGGACGGCCAACUGUUACAUAUAGAAUUUAAAAUUGGAGCAGCAGUAAUUCGAGAAAAAAAAAACUGUUUAUACAACUUUCUAAUAAAACUUUAUUAAUAAACGUU